CAUACAGGCUUGGAGGUUUCAUAUGGAAGAAGUCAUGAUUCAUACAAGUCUAGUCAUAUGAUCUAGAGACAAGUGAGCAAACAUAAAGUCACUGGAGAGUCGCUGAUGUGAUUACAUAAGGCCGCCUCUGGUCAGCCGAGGCACCGCCGGAACUGUAAUCGAACUAUCAAUCAAUCAGUCCAUCGGAAACACCAGCUACCCCCAACCCUAAUCUUACUUCAACUCAUUUAACCCGCACAUCGGCAUUUAGGCUCGACACGUAGCCUCCCAAGCCAUGCCAUUCAUAGAUUAGGUAUGACUGACGCCUAAGACAUGGCCCCACUCACCUCCAUUCCAUGCCUCCGCGGGCAGGAUCCUCGGGACAAGGGAAGGGAGUCACGGCUGGAUGCGGAAAUCUAUAAAGACGAUGUAGGAUCUCGAGGGUAUCCUACUCCCCCCGCCCCCACUACUACGUCUCUACCUGCCAUCCCUCACUCCCUUCUUCGUCUACGACUUGGAUUAAAAGCUUCCGCCCACUGAAAGCACUCAACAAUCCCUCUCAUCCUUCUCAAUUACACCAUAUCUAUAUACAAACAUCCAAGAUGUCUCCAAUCGCUGUACAACCUUCAACGGCCACCGCAUCCACCACUACCGCAACCAUUCUCCCUACCUCCAUUGUGACACCCCCGACUCACCCUGACAUACUCCGAGUCGACCGUGGCGCAAAGGCCUUCUCCUCCAGCGCCGUGUCCCUCGUCUCACUGCCCGCCGGCUCCCUCUUCGCCAAGAUCACCACAGCCACUCCCUCCAAGAAAGCAUACACUUCGGUACAGACCGGUGCCAACAGCCACAUCGAACUGAACUCCGAUCUCGUCUACUGCAACCACUCAUGCAACCCAUCGCUGAACUUCGACAUGGGCAAGAUGGAGGUCCGAGUCGUCGAUGAUCGUGACCUGAAGGUGGGCGACCAGCUCACGUUUUUCUACCCCAGCAGUGAGUGGGACAUGGACCAGCCAUUCCAGUGCAACUGUGGAUCUGGAGAGGGUGUAUGCAAGGGGUUGAUCGAUGGGGCAAAGAAGAUGGACCGGAAGGAUCUGGAGGCAUACUGGCUAAACGACCACAUCAAGGAGUUGUUGCAGCAGAGGGACUCUUCGUGAUCUAAAAUUAUAUGCGAUGAAAUAAAGGAGCAGACUGGGGUGGACGUUGUGUACUUACGGAUAUUAGAUACCAGACGAUAGACA